CGCCGCCCACGGUGCGGCUGGCGCCCCGGUGUGGUUGGUUCGCGACCUACCAGUUCCCAUGAUUGGUUGGCCUCACCAACCCCCGUCCUCUUUCGCUACUACAAGUUCCCCGGCCUUGGACGAAAGCCUUUUGGGGGACUCAGAUCAGCGGAGGGCGGAGGCAGGCCGGCCAUGGAGGAGGGAGGCGACCACGCGAGCCUUCUGAUCAAGAAUGGCACGUCAUGUCAAGGCGAAGAAUCACAGAGGCUAUUGGAAGCACACCAAGGGCCACAGCUUAAAAGUAAACGUUCUGCUUGGAGAGCACCGACACUAAUUCUGGGACUUGAAUGCUUGGAAAGCAUGGCUUUCAAUGGCAUCGGCACAAACCUAGUUGUGUAUCUCCGCUCAGUUCUCCAUGAUGGUAUUGCUUCCAGUGCAUCAACCGUUUCUCUUUGGUAUGGAACGAGCUUCUUUGUGCCAAUACUUGGAGCCGGCAUAGCAGAUACUUACUUGGGCAAUUACAAGACUGUCUUGAUCUCCCUUAUCAUGUACCUACUUGGCAUGGUACUAAUUACACUUGCAACAUUUAUGCCUUAUACUCCAGUCUUGUGCGAUGUGAGUUCAUGCCUGUCGUCAAAUGAAACUCAGACUCUGCUUUUCUCUGGUUUGUAUCUCACUGCUAUUGGAUGUGGAGGGGUAAGAUCUGCACUGCUUCCAUUUGGUGCAGACCAAUUCGACAACAAAAACAGUUUAGAUAUACAAAAGAGAAGGAACUUCUUCAGUUUGUUCUAUAUAUGUGUCAUCUUUGGUGUGAUUACUUCCGGGACCAUUAUAGUGUGGGUUCAGGAAAAUGUGAGUUGGGCUAUAGGAUAUGGAAUUGCCACAGCAUGCAUAGGUCUUGCUUUGAUAGGAUUUCUGGUGGGAACACCGAUAUUCCGACAACAUGAGCCUUGUGGUUCCCCAGUGAGAAGUAUUUUCCAGGUUAUUGUCGCCUCUUUUAGGAACAUGUGCUUGGAACUUCCGGUUGAUAGGUCUCUUCUGUAUGAGGUCAGGAGCAACUACACACAAAAGAGACCAAAACUAGCUCACUCUGAUGAUUUUAGUUUCUUAGACAAGGCAGCCAUUAUUUCUGAUCUGAGCUUGGCCAAUGGAAGCUGUCAAAGUUCAUGGAGGCUUUGUACGGUUACUGAAGUUGAGGAAUUGAAAAUACUAAUCCGCUUACUCCCAAUAUGGGUGACUGGAAUAUUCUUUGGUGCAGCAAUAUCUCAAAUGCACACCACUUUCAUUCAACAGGGAACUGUGAUGAACACUAAGAUUGGCUCACUGUCCGUUCCACCGGCAUCCUUGUAUUCAUUUGAAGUGAUAUGCGUCACGCUUUGGGUUCUUGUUGUGAACAAAGUAAUUGUGCCAGCGACCCGAACAUACUUCGCAAAUGGAGCAGAGCUCACACAGUUGCAGAGGAUUGGGAUCGGUCGUUUCCUGAUGAUUUUUGCCAUGGCAAUUGCUGCACUUUUAGAAAUGAAGAGGCUAGAGAGUGUUCGGGAGGGGGAACCAUUAAGCAUUGUAUGGCAGCUCCCGCAGUACAUCGUCAUUGCUGGGGCUGAGUGCUUUGCCAUUAUUACUCAGCUGGAGUUCUUCCACGGUCAGGCGCCAGACUCCAUGAAGAGCAUGUUGACGGCAUUUGCAUUGCUCACCACUGCUCUUGGCAAUUACCUGAGCUCAGCUAUCAUCACCCUUGUUGCAGGGGUGACCAGCGUUUGGGAUAGCCCUGGAUGGAUUCCAGAUGAUCUGAACAAAGGGCACCUUGACUACUACUACUGGUGUCUUACAGCUCUCUCAGUGGCAAAUUUUGUCUUCUAUCUCUACUUUUCUAGUAAAUACAAAUUAAAGAAAGUUAUUAUCAGCUAAUAUUACUUGUGAAAUCACCAAGUGUAACAUACGGAAUCUUUUUAUUAUUCUCUAUGUUAGACGACUGAAGGAUCUUAUCUCCAAAAAUAUAUUCUUGUUGAUCGCAGAAGGAUGGUUAUAUGUAACGAGAAAGAUAGAUACUGCAUUUCUAAUGGCUAUUCGUUUUCUGUACA